CGCUGGGCGGGUCAAAGGCUCCGGCUCACGCAGAAGUUUCUGGGUGCCGGCGGCGGUGCCAUGCAGGGUCCCCCGGGAGCAGGGGACAGCGGGGUCCCUGCCAGCCCCUGUCCCGGUGAGGCUGCGGACGCUGUCCCGGAGCUCCCUGACCCGCCGGUCCCUCCCCGCAGCGGCUCCCGCCGUGACGGCCGAGCUCGGACCCCCGGCCCCGCAGCCCUGACGGGAGCGGGGGCUCGGACCGGUGCCCCCGGCCCCCUCUGCUCGCCGGCCAUGGGCAGCCACGAGAAGGACCCGUCCUCUCCGAAAAGAGCCCUGUCCCGCUCCAACAGCACCGUGUCUUCCAAGCACAGCAGCGUCCAGCAGGGCUCGGAGAGCUGGGAGGUGGUGGAGGAGCCCCGAGGCCGGGGCAGCCCCGGGCAGCAGCCGCAGCGGCACGAGGGGUACCUGCUCAAGAAGAGGAAAUGGCCCCUCAAGGGCUGGCACAAGCGGUACUUCGUGCUGGAAAACGGGAUCCUGAAAUAUUCCACCACGCGCCAGGACGUCCUCAAGGGCAAACUGCACGGUGCCAUCGAUGUCCGGCAGUCCGUCAUGUCCGUCAACAAGAAGGCGCAGAGGGUUGACCUGGACACGGAGGACAACAUUUAUCACCUCAAGAUCAAGUCCCCGGAGCUGUUCUCCAGCUGGGUGAGCAGCCUCUGCAGCCACCACCAGGGCGAGCGGCCGGAGCCGGGGGGUCCCGCGGGGACAAACACGCAGGGCCAGUGGACUCGGAUCCUGCCCUCGGGCAGUGCCCCCGCCCUGUCCACGCUGGCCAGCUCCCGGGACAAGGUGGACGCCUGGCUGAAGGACAGCGAGGGGCUGGAGCGCUGCUCGGCCGAGCUGUCGGAGUGCCAGGCCAAGCUGCAGGAGCUGACGGGAAUGCUCCAACAUCUGGAGGCUCUGCACCGCAUCCCCUCGGCCCCGCUCAUCUCCGGCAGCCAGCCCUCGGCCGCCACGGAGAGGCCGAAGAAGGGCCGGAGGACCACCAAGAUCUGGUGCACGCAGAGCUUCGCCAAGGACGACACCAUCGGCAGGGUGGGCCGCCUGCACGGCUCUGUCCCCAACCUGUCCCGCUACCUGGAGUCGUCGCAGAGCCAGCUGCCCUUCAGCCUCCCCCCGGAGUACAGCCAGCUCCAGCGCAGCUUCUGGGUCCUGGCCCAGAAAGUGCACGGCUCGCUCAGCAGCGUGGUGGCCGCGCUGGUGGCCGAGAGGAGCCGUCUGGAGGAGAUGCGGCUGGCGCUGGACAGGCAGUGUCCGGCCCCACGCCCCGGCAGCGCCGGCACCGCCGGGCCCGCCCUGCGCCGCUUCCAUUCCCUCUCCGUCUCCUCCGACACCACCCUGGACUCCUUCGCCUCGCUGCACCCGGAUGAGCCGGACGCGCUGCCCGCCAAGGGCCGGGAGCAGCAGCUCUCCAACCGCAGCAUCGUCUCGCUGGCCGACUCCCACACCGAGUUCUUCGAUGCCUGCGAGGUUUUCCUCUCCGCCAGCUCCUCUGAGAACGAGGUGCGGGGGCUCUGCUGGGUGCGGGGGGCUCUGCUGGGUGCGGGGGGCUCUGCUGGGUGAGGGGCUCUGCGGACCCCCUGCCACCCCUCGCUGCUCGGGCCGCCGCCGCUGGAGCCGCCGCUGGAGCUGCCGGGGCCGGACCCGCGGCGGAGGAGCCGCCUGCCCGCUCCCCCAGCACCCUCGGGGGACGUGAGCCUGUGGGGGCUCCUGAGGAGCAGCGUGGGCAAGGACCUGUCCCGGGUGGCGCUGCCCGUGCAGCUGAACGAGCCGCUCAACACCCUGCAGAGGCUCUGCGAGGAGCUCGAGUACAGCGCGCUGCUCGACCGGGCCAGCCGCGCCCGGGACCCCCGGCAGCGCCUGGUGUACGUGGCCGCCUUCGCCGUGUCCGCCUACGCCUCCACCUACUACCGGGCGGGCAGCAAACCCUUCAACCCCGUGCUGGGCGAGACCUACGAGUGCGUGCGGCCCGACCGCGGCUUCCGCUUCAUCAGCGAGCAGGUCUCCCACCACCCUCCCAUCUCCGCCUGCCACGCCGAGUCUGAAAAUUUCGUCUUCUGGCAAGACAUGAGGUGGAAGAACAAAUUCUGGGGCAAAUCCCUGGAGAUCGUCCCCAUGGGCACAGUCAACGUCCAGCUGCCCAGGACCGGGGACCACUACGAGUGGAACAAGGUGACCACGUGCAUCCACAAUGUGCUGAGCGGGCCGCGCUGGAUCGAGCACUACGGCGAGGUGCUGAUCCGCAACACCCGCGACGCCUCCUACCACUGCAAGCUCACCUUCUGCAAGGCCCGGUACUGGGGCGCGGGGGCCAACGAGGUUCAGGGGGCCGUGCUGAGCCGCAGCGGGACGGCCGUGGAGCGCCUGGCGGGCAAGUGGCACGAGGGGCUGCACCGCGGGCCCGCCCCGGGCCAGUGCGUCUGGAAAGCCAACCCCAUGCCCCGCGAGCACGAGAGGAAUUACGGCUUCACCCAGUUCGCGCUGGAGCUGAACGAGCUGACCCCGGAGCUCCGCAGGGUGCUGCCCUCCACGGACACUCGCCUGCGGCCGGACCAGCGGUACCUGGAGGAGGGGAAUGUGCCGGCGGCCGAGGCGCAGAAGCGCCAGAUCGAGCAGCUGCAGCGGGACCGGCGCCGAGUGAUGGAGGAGAACAACAUCACCCACCAGGCCCGCUUCUUCAGGCGUGUGACAGAUGCCAGCGGCAAGGAGUCGUGGGUCACCAACAACACCUACUGGAAACUGCGCCUGGAGCCCGGCUUCGCCCACCUGGACAGCGCCGUGCUCUGGUAGCCACCCCCAAACCCGGGGGGUGCAGAGCCCCCCCAGCUCCUCACAGCAGUGCCCUGCAGUGGGGCUGGUCCCCCCCAGAAUCCCACCCCCCACCCCCUCACCACCUUUCCGAGCCAUUUUUCCAUAAAACUGUGAUGUAAAAACGGGAGGGGGGCGCUGGCAAUGCCCCCCCAGCCCCGCCCCAGGGCAGAGCCUUGGGGGCAGCUGAGGCGCUCUGGGGCUGGCAGUGCCCCCCUGCCCUGGGGGCACACGAUGAUAAAAGGGGAGGGUUUAGGGGGUCGCAGGGUGCCCGCGGGCGGGAAGACCCCACUGCCCCCCCCCCAAAUUAUGCACAGGGGCUGCGCUAAUAAAGGCUGUGAAGAGUU